CCGCCUCUAACAACACAGUGACGCCACGCCAGUAUAGGUAGGUAGUGGGUACGGUGAGAUCCGUUGUCGCUCCUGCGUGUAAACUUCAUGUUAUGAGAUUACAAGAUGCCAAAGAUAUUUGUUUUAUUGUACUUUUUGAAUGGAUUGUUAUUCUGCCAUGGUGACAAGUCUACAAACCAUGCUUCUUCCAAGCUAAUUCUGGUAUCGUUUGAUGGAUUCAGGGCAGAUUAUUUAACAAAAUACCAAUUGCCCAAUUUGAAUGGUUUGAUUAAGGAAGGUAUAUUGGUAGAGCAUGUUAAAAACAUUUUUAUCACCAAAACGUUUCCCAACCAUUACACUUUAGUAACUGGUCUUUAUGCUGAAAACCAUGGAAUUGUGGCCAAUUCUAUGUAUGAUCCAGAUUUAAAACAAAUGUUUAACUUAGUUAAUGGUUCAAAUCCUGUCUGGUGGAACGAGGCCACGCCUAUUUGGGUGACCAAUCAACAACAGGGUCACAAAAGUGGAUCCGCUAUGUGGCCUGGAAGUGAAGUGCAGAUAAAGAACAUCACAACUUCAGAAUACUUGAAGUACAACCGCAAUGUAAGCUUUGCUGAAAGGGUAGAUAAUAUCACAACAUGGUUAACAAGAUCUAAAGAUCCAAUCAACUUUGCAACACUUUAUUGGGAGGAACCAGACGCCAGUGGACACCAAUAUGGACCAGAUGAUGUUGAGCACAUGUCUAAAGUUCUUAAUUAUGUGGAUACAAAUAUUGGCUACUUGAUCACAAAACUGAAAAAUUUAAAUCUCUGGGAUUCAGUCAAUGUGAUAAUUACCAGUGACCACGGAAUGGCCCAGUGCUCCAAAGACAGAGUUAUUAAACUUGAUGAUUGCAUUGAUAGGGCAAGCUACACUCUUGUAGAUGACAAUCCAGUGGCUGCCAUAUUACCGAUUGCUGAUAAAAUGCAGGUUUAUAAUCGGUUGAAAAACUGCAGUGCUCAUAUGAAGGCUUACCUAAAAGAGGAUAUCCCUGACAAAUAUCACUACAAACAUAACAAUCGGAUUCAGCCCAUUCUUCUGGUAGCAGAUGAGGGGUGGUCAAUCGUGAGAAAUGGAUCACUCCCUAAAAUGGGAAAUCACGGCUAUGACAAUGAUCUUCCCAGCAUGCAUCCUUUUCUCGCAGCACACGGACCAGCUUUUCGGAAGGAUUAUAAAAUAAGCACUAUAAACAGUGUGGACAUUUACCCCAUGAUGUGCCACAUUCUUGGAUUAAAGGAAGAGUCCAACAACGGCACAUUCUCUAACACCAAGUGCCUCCUGGCUGAUCAGUGGUGUAUUCAUGUCCCUGAAGCUGUUGGUAUAGUCAUUGGUGUUAUAAUGGUUCUGACAACUUUGACUUGUGUCAUAAUUCUCCUGAAAAAGAAGAUGCCAUCUCCACGUCCGUUUUCACGGCUUGAGUUUCAGGACGAUGAUGACCCUUUAAUUGGAUAACAUAGAAAUACACCAAUUUUUGUAGAAUACAACCAAAUGCACUUUAAACCAAAAUCCUAUUUGUUUUCCAUAGAACUUAUUUACAAUGAGGCACUAUAGAAUGCACAGAACACGGCUUAUGUCUACUAAUAAUAUUUUGUUUAGUUGUGUAAAAUGUUGGUUUAGCCUUAAGUGGGACAGUCAACACCUUAGUCAUGUUAAAGUCUUACCUUAGAUUAAGCUGCAACUAGCCUCCUGCACCCCUUUCUAUAUCAUGUAGCAGGGACAGUAAAAAAAGUUCUUUUAAAAUGAAUAUUGUUUCUGGCCACUUUGAAAUGACUGCCAAGCUCAGGCCACUGAUGACAUCAGGAUCUAGGCUGCAUAUGGCGUCAAAUCAGAGAAGACUCACUAAUUGGAUUCAACAGACUGUCAAUGCUACCCAGCAGAGUGCCUAGAUGCAGCCCAGAUUGUGAUGUCAUCAGUGGGCAGAGCUUGGCAACCAUUUCAAAGUAACUUUUUACCGUUCCUGCUGCAUGAUGUAGAAAGGGCUAUUUGCAGCUUAAUCUAAGAUAAGAUGACUAAGGUGUAGACUGUCCCUUUAAGCAUAAACUGUUUUCUGCGCUUUACGUCAAACCGUUAAAAGUGCGUUUCCAGCCUUACAGAGCAGGUACUAGUAAACGUGCAUUUGGAGGUUUUAAAAUCGCAUAAAUGUGUAAGAAGGCGCCAUUUGCGGCAUUCUGCUGUUUUGGAGCCGGAUUUGUUCUUGUGAAUUUCACAAGAAGAAAUCUAGCUCUGAUUAAAGCCGAAUACCGCGAGUGGCCACCUUCUUCCACAUUUUUGUGCAGCAGAAACUUCUGAAUGCACAUCUAGGUACUAGUAUGGCACUUCUAAUUUAUGAAGUAAUAAAACCAUUAAAAUUGGAAGAAAAAAAGUUAUUCUGCAUUAUAAUGCUAUAUUUCAUAAAGGGAUAUUAUAGUCAAAAAAUAAGAUCAUAAUUCAUAUCAAGAAGGUAAUUUUUUCCAAAAGUAACUUUUUUGUAUUCAUGUUGAGUAUUUCUUGACUAUGAAGGUCCUUUUGCUUUAAUGUGCCUUUUCUACUGAUUUUUAUUUUUAAAUGUGCACUGAAAAAAAUGCUGUUCGAAUUAAUUUAAUAUUUGUACAAAUGUAUAAGAAAAUAUCUUUAAACGUGAAGAUAUAUAUUUUUGAGAUUUGUAGUUAAAGUGCAGUAUUGAUAUUCAGAUAUUUAAGGAUAUCAUAAAAAAAAAAAUAGUAAAAUUGUUUAAUUAUAUAGCUAGGAUUUUUUUUCUGGUAGCAUAGAUUAUUUUUAAAUUAGUACUUGGCAAAUGUUUUUCUUUGUGUUUAUUAAUGUUCUUAAUUAUAUUGUCAAUGGUUCAAUAAUAUUAAUUUACUUUUAAUGCUACUGAAUCUUUUUUUUUUUUUUUUUUAAAUGGUUACAAUGAAUGUCAAAUUUAAUAAUACAACAUUUUAUUUAACAACCUUAAUUGUUUGUUAAGAUUUCUUUUUGUUUUUGGUGGUGUGUGUGUGUGGGUUUGUUUUUUUGUUUUAAAUUGUGUUGGUUGUUGUUGUUGCUUCAGUAUAUGGACAACUCAAAAAUAAGCUAUGAAAAAAACGGGGUAGUAUUAUUUUACCCUAUCCACAGAGGGAUUUCCAAAUAAAAUAUAAAUAUAGGACUUUUUUCCAAAACACUUUGGUUUUAAAACAGAAAAAAUAGAUAACCAUUAAAGCAAUCCAGCAGCAGAGAUCAUAGAACAGUCUUAUUAGUUGAUUUAUACUGCACUUGUCACAUUAAUUAAAGUAAACUACACCUCAAAGAUACAGUAAAGGUUAAAAUUUAACUUUUAAAUUGACUGGAUAAAGUAUGACAUUUUAAGCAACUUUACUAUUUCCUUUUCUUUUUACUUAGUUCUCUUGGUAUCUUUUGUUAAAAGGAUACUAACCCUAAAUGUUUUCUUUCAUGAUUCAGAGCAUGCAACUUUCUGAUUUACUCCAAAUAUCAAGUUUUCUUCGUUCUCUUGCUACAUUUAUUUAAAAAGCAGGAAUGUAAAGCUUAGAAGCCGGCCCAUUUUAGGUUCAGACCCUGGGUAGCACUUGCUUAUUGGUGGCUACAUAUAGUCACCAAUAAGCAAACGUAACCCAGGUUCUGAACCAAAAAUGGGUCGGCUCCUAAGCUUUAAAAGUUUAUAUUUUAAUAAUAAACCUUGAUUUUACAUUUAGUAUGUAUAAAUAUGUGCAAGCUAUAUUAAAAUAAAGUAUUUAAAUACA